CCUGGAUACCGUUCACCAGUGGAACUGGGGGGCAGCUACUCUGGCAUAUCUCUACCAGAAGCUGAAUGAGGCCUCCAACUGGAGGACGAGGCAGCUGGUCGGAUCCUGCACUCUGCUUACGAGCUGGAUCAUCUCCUACUUCUCCCGCAUCCACGGCUUCCACAUCGAUCCUGCGUACGUUGACGCCAUGCCCAGGGCCGCCAGAUACGACCUCCAGAGGGGGAACGAUGCGGUGGGACCAUACCGCCUGUACCUGGACCGCACGAUGCACGACGACGUCACCUGGAGGCCGUUCGCCGACUAUGCUCAGGUUGUCCCCUUCGACGGGGUUGCUCUAUAUUCAGGAUGGUUGGCAUGCGGGACCGGCAUCAUGGUCCGGUAUCUCCCGGAGCGGUGCAUGCGGCAGUUUGGGUUCGUGCAGAUCAUACCCAGGUCACCCUUCGAGGCUGCUCCUGACACAGUGACCAGAGUGCAGCUCACUGCCAUAUGGGAGGAGUGGCAGCAUCAUGUGGUACCGGAGGAGUACCGUCGCAUGCGGGUCACCCAGGACUGGCACAGUGUGGAGGGGUACGUCACAUGGUUCUACCGGGUGUCCCAUCCUCUCUUGAGACCCGACGUUCCCGGCGCUCCUAGGCCAGCACACGAGGAGAUCCUGGAGAACCGGCAGGCGGAGGAUGACCACGCCAUCGAUCUCCUUCCGAUCUGCCAGCGGAUAGAGAUGCUUGGGCGGGACGCGUUGCAUCGAGGUGUCAUUCAUCAGGGCGGACCAGAGGCAGUCGCCGUGAUGGAGAUGAUCGUCACUGAUGCGGGCCGUGCGGCGGGGUACAGGCGGCAGAGGAGGGCCCAGGGUGAGCGGGUUAGGCACACCCAGUAGUGGUGGGGUUUAUUCAUUUUUUGAUUUUGGAUUGUAUAUUUAGCACACUAUUUUUAUUU